AUGGCGUUAAAGACCAAUGGGAAGCCUGGAAAUGGAACAAUGGCCAUGCAGAUCCAAAAUGGACCAAUCCUGGACUUGAAGGCAGCUAUAAAUGGGGGUAGUUUGGUUGGUUCGAGGCGGAACCUGCGCGUCGACGAGGUCUCUGCCAGCAGGACGCUGAGUAUUUCUGUUUUCACCCAAGAGGCGUUGUCUGGUACAGACUUGAGCAGCGCUGCUCAAGCCAUGGAGGGAGUGUGUGCUGCAGCUUUCACGGCGUUCUCCGUGGCUUAUUCUGGGUACUUUUUCACCCACCUGGCACAUGAUUUCUCCUUAGUGCACCUGGCUCUAGAGCUGAAUAUAAAGAAGGUUACGUGUCCCUCACGCCGCGUCUGUCUGCAGAGCCCAAAACCAACCUCGGAGCCUCCUGUGGCUGCGUGUCUUCCUGGAGAAGAGGCCAAAGGGGAGGAAGAUGCCCACCAAACUGCACCUGCUGCCACUGCAGGGCCUGAGCAUCCAGCAUCAAGCAGAAGGGCAGCGUCAGCACCUGCUCUGGCUGCCGCAGUACCUGAGGAAGAGGCUGAAGAGGAGGAAGGUGCUGAUGAAGCUGCCCCUGCUGUCAGCCCUGGGCCAGAGCAAACAACAUCAAGCUCCACCUCCUGUGUCCUGGCACCUGCACGAGCUGCAGCGGAAGGCUCUGAAGGAGCCUCCAGUCCCCAGGCUGGCAAGUCAAGCAGGAGCAGCUCGUGCAUCUGGAGCACGACCAGCUCCUCUGGCAGCAGAGAGCGGCUGGGAGAGGGGACAGAGGACGAGUGCCUGGCCACGCUGAAGAUGCUGGUGAGCCAGGGAGAUCCUGAGGCUGAAUACACGGAACUGGAAACAAUUGGCAAAGGGGGUUUUGGCACGGUGUGCAUGGCAGUGGAGACUGCCACAGGAGAAGAGGUGGCCAUAAAGAAAAUUAGUCUUGCGCAAGAGAGCGGCAGCGAGCUGUGCCUGAAUGAAAUCCAGGUGAUGCGUGGCAAUAAGCAUGCCAACCUUGUGAACUAUCUAGACAGCUACCUGGUGGACGAGGAACUCUGGCUCGUGAUGGAAUACAUGGAUGGAGGCUCCUUACACGAUGUCAUCAGGGAGACUCGUAUGGCAGAAGGAGAGAUAGCAGCUGUCUCUCGGGAGUGCCUGCAAGGCCUGGAUUUCCUUCACUCCAAGCAAGUGAUCCACCGAGACAUCAAAAGCCACAACAUUCUCCUGAGUCUGGACGGAUCUGUCAAGUUGGCUGAUUUUGGCCUCGCUGCUCAGCUCACCGCUGAGCAGAGCAAACGGAGAUCAGCUGUUGGGACCACUUACUGGAUGGCGCCAGAAAUCUUCACCAGGAAGCUCUAUGGCCCCAAAGUGGACAUCUGGUCCUUUGGCAUUGUGGGCAUCGAGAUGGUGGAAGGAGCGCCUCCUUACCGGAUGAAAACCUCCCGCACGGUUCAACAGCUGAUCAGCAGCGGGGGCAGGCCAAAGCUGCAGAAGCCCAGGCAACAGUCCGCGUGGUUGCGAGACUUCCUGCACUGCUGCCUGGAGAGGGAGGAGGACAGGCGCUGGUCUGCCCAGGAACUCCUGCAGCAUCCAUUUGUAACAUCAGCCAAGCCGACCUCCGACCUGACGCCUCUGAUCGUGGCAACGCAGCAGUUUAUGGCCGACAGGAGAUACUAG